AUGUCUUCCACAAACGAUAAAAAAGUCGAUCCAAAUGAAAACAUCGCUUUAAAAUUCGGGAGGUUUUUAUCCCACCCUGAACCUGGCGAAGAGGUUUGCAUCACUGGUAUGUCCGGGUCUUUCCCCGAUUGCGAAAACGUCGACGAGUUAAAGGAAAAAUUGUUCAAUAAAGUCGAUCUUAUUACCGAUGCUGGAUUGAGAUGGGCUACUACCAACGAAGAAAUCCCUAAAAGAACUGGGAAAAUGAAGGUUGUCGACAAGUUUGAUCCAGGAUUUUUUGGUAUUAGUGCUCAACAGGCAAAAUAUAUGUGUGUCAUGGUAAGAAUGUGCCUUGAAAAGGUCGUCGAAGCUAUUUGCGAUGCCGGUAUAAAUCCCAGAGAUUUAAAGGGUACCAGAACCGGAGUCUUUAUAGGAACUACGAAUUCAGAAACUGAAGAAUUGUGGUUUUUAGAACGUGUUGAGAGUGCAACAGCUCUUACUGGAGUAUUGCGUUCCAUGAUGACCACAAGGAUUAGUUAUUUCUUGAAGCUACAAGCACCUUCACUUGCUUUGGAUACAGCCUGUAGUAGUUCUAUGACGGCUAUGGACAAUGCGUUCAGAGCCAUAAGACAAGGCAAAUGUGAUGCCGCCAUAGUUUGUGGCGCUUGCGCAGAUUUGCAUCCCAAUCCCAACUUGCAGUUUGCUAGGUUGGGUGUACUAAGUAAAGAUGGCAGAUGCAAAGUCUUCGACAAAGACGCCGAUGGUUAUGCGCGUUCUGAAGCUAUAGCCUGUGUAUUUUUGCAAAGGUCCAAGGAUGCCAAGCGCAUUUACGCCACUGUUGUACACUCUAAAACUAACAGUGAUGGGUACAAGGAGCAUGGUAUUACUUUCCCAUCGAAGGAAGGACAGAAAACACUGUUGAAGGAGUUUUACAGUGAAUGCGAGGUUGAUUCCAAUGAUUUAAGUUAUUUUGAAGCUCACGGUACGGGUACGAAAGUUGGUGAUCCAGAGGAGUUGAGUGCUACUGAUGAGGUUUUCGCUGAAAGGCGUACUAAACCUUUGAUGAUUGGUUCUGUUAAGUCCAACAUGGGACAUACGGAACCCACAUCAGGUCUUUGUUCAGUUAUUAAGAGUAUCAUUGGGUUUGAGUCUGGAUAUAUUCCUCCAAAUAUUAACUUCAAAGAGCAUAGAGAUGACGUACCAGCCUUUAAAGAAGGCCGUUUUAAGGUUGUAACUGAAAAAACACCAUUUGAAGAUGAUAACGGACUCAUCGGUAUAAGCAACUUUGGUUUUGGUGGUGCAAACGGUCACGUCCUCAUCAAAUGGCACUCAAAGGUCAAAAAAGAUGUCUCCCUAAAACCGGAAGACCUCCCACGUCUUAUUUGCGUAAGCUCUCGUCUCACAGAAGGUGUUGAAACCUUCUUCAAUGACGCCAAAUUCAAUCAAGAUAAAGAAUAUAUCGCCCUCCUUCAUAAUCUCUUUGAAAGAGAAAUUAAAAAUCAUACACAUAGAGGUUAUUCUAUUUUUUCCAAUAAUGGCGAAUUUAUAAGGUCGACAAAGCAUGUUGGUAAUCCCAGACAGCUAUAUUUCAUAUUUGGAGGCUAUGAGAGUUCGUGGAGAAAUGUUGGGCAGGACUUUUUGGGGGUGGAGGUGUAUCGGAAUGCUAUUAACGAAAUCCAAAACAUUCUGCUCUCAUUUAAAAUAAACGUCCAUUAUUUGAUUCAAAACCCAAGCAAUGCAGUGUUUGAUAAUGUUUUGGGAUCUAUCUUGGUAAAACUGGCAUUAACUAAAGUCCUGAGUGCUCUGAACGUAAAAGCUAGUGGAUAUAUAGGUCAUUCUCUAGGUGAAAUAGUGGCUGCAUAUUAUGAUGAUUGUCUCACUUUGGAACAAGCUGUAUUGAUCGCUUUCACCAUCUCCAAAAACGUGGAAAAUAUUGAUCAAAGUGCUGUUUCUUACAUGGUUAAUUUGAAUCUGGAACAGUUAAACCAAAUUUUACCACAAAGGGUGUAUGUUGAAGCCAUUAACUCUAAGAAUAGUGUUAUUAUUUCUGGACACCCUGAGUCUGUAAAUAAUUUUGUUGGUAAAUUGGUUGCUCACAACAUUCAAGUGAAAGAUUUAGGAGCUAACAUUAUUGAUUUUCAUGGUGAUAACUUCUUGACACUAAAACCUCAUAUUAUUCAGGAUCUCUUCAAGAUACUUCCACAACCAAAAUCAUUCUCAAACAAUCAUCUUUUAAAGAGUAACACUAAGGCAUCCGCUGAAUUCUUUGUGAAUAGUUUAACUAGUACAACAUCUUUGAAAGACUUGGCUUGUAAUAUUGAAGUAAAGAGUGCUAUUUUCGAAAUUGGCCAAGGAUACCUUCAAAGCUCAGUGGAUGAAGCUACAGAAAACUAUACCCUCUCUGUUAAUAUUGAAAAUUUCAACCAGAGCUACUUUGUUGGUUUCCUAAAAGCCCUGGGAAGUUUGUAUGAAGUAGGUUCAAACUUUAGCAUAUCCAAAUUGUAUUCUCAAGUACAUUUUCCAGUAAGCAGAGGUACAAGUUCCAUUUCACCAGCAAUUCGUUGGAAUCAUUCCCAAGAAUGGGAAACAGCAAACUUUAAAAAUAUUGGACACAAAGAAAAUUCCCGUGCCAUCAUUUAUGAGGUUAUCUUUGGCAAAGAUUGUGUAUGGAAUUUUGCCCUUGGACACGUUAUCGAUGGUAGAAACUUAUUCCCAGCCACUGGUUAUCUAAACAUCAUAUGGGAAACAUUAAGAUGGUGUUUCGGCUACGAAUUAGCUCAAAAUUGCGUGAUUUUCACCAACUGCAAAUUCUUGCGAGCGGUUAACUGCGUAAAAGAAGGAUCAGUCGAAUUGACUGUCAUGAUUCAGAAAGGAACUGGUGAUUUCGAAAUUGCUGAAGGUGGCCAACCUGUGGUAACAGGAAACAUCCAGUUCCACAACAAAGUUAAAAACGAACAACUAACCUUACAAACGGUUUCAGUGGAUGACGAAAAAGUUCUUCCACUCAAAACUAAGGACAUUUAUAAGGAACUUCGUCUUAGAGGUUAUAACUAUAGCGGUCUUUUUAGAGGUUUAGAAGAGGUUAAUGGUGAAGUCAGCAAGGGUAAAAUCAAGUGGCAAAACAAUUGGGUUGCUUUUAUGGAUAACCUCCUACAGAUGAAGAUUUUGGAUUUCGAUUCUAGACUUUUGUACGUACCCACGCAGAUCAGAAGGUUGACCAUCAACCCACAGCAUCAUUUGGAUUUGAUUCAAGCUAAUGGAACCAUGGAGGAAAGUCAUUUGGAUGCUUAUGUGUGUCCACAUUCAGGAGUAAUAAGAUCAGGUGGUAUCCAAGUGGAGGGUCUCUCAGCUUCUGCUAUCCCUCGUCGUAAACCAUUAGGUGAGCCGGUUCUAGAAAAGUAUGAAUUUGUAUCCAAUGUAGCCAACCUAACAAUCGAAAACUCAACCAGAGUCAACAUGCAAAUCGUGUUGGAAAACAAAUUCGAAAUAAAAGUCAAAGUUGUGGAGCUAAUAGAUGAAAAUACAAUGGAAGAUAGUUUACCUUUAGGUCCUUUGAUUUUUGAUGUAUUAGGUGACCAGCCUGUUAUUCAAGCAGAGGUUACAGUACUGUCAAAAACACCUUUAGAAUUAAAAAAUGUUACUGUUGAAGACAAUAAGUUAAAAUCCCAAACCGAUUGCCUCGUAGUUGUACUCAGCAAUGCUCUAUCAAACCCAGAACGUCUGGAAACAGCCUUUAAAUCGCUCAAAGAAAACGGUUUUAUCAUCUCACGCGAAAAAGCUGACUGCACAUACGCAGACUUUAAUAAAAACAUGCAAAUACUUACCACACAUAACACCAAAACCGAAAAGUUAUACCUCUUAAGAAAAUCUGAGCAAUUUAAGAGAGUUACGCCAGUAAAUAUAGAGAAUGUUAAGGAGGACUUUAACUGGGUACAAACUUUACAACAAUCGGUCGGUAAAGAAGAAAGUGUUUUGGUCUAUGCACUAAAUGAACCACAAAGUGGUCUAUUAGGUAUGGUAAACUGCCUACGUAGAGAACCAGGUGGCAACACCAUCAGAUGCAUUCAAACCUUCGAAGAAACUCCCACUUUCGACCAAUACCAUCCCUUUUACUGUGAGCAACUGAAAAAAAAUUUGACUGUAAAUGUGUACAAAAAUGGUACAUGGGGAACAUAUAGGCAUUUAGCAUUGGAAGAAAAUCCUAAAGUAUUGACUGAACAUAGAUACGUUAAUAUUGCAACUAGAGGCGAUUUAUCUUCCCUUACAUGGUUCGAAGGUCAUCUAAGUGCUAAAUAUGUGAUGCCGUCAGAGAAAACAUUAGUUUUUACAUACUAUGCUGCCCUUAACUUCAGGGAUGUAAUGACAGCUACAGGGAAAAUCACACCUGAUGUUAUCACAAAAUACAGACCUGAGCAAGAAAAUGUUCAAGGUUUUGAAUUUUCUGGAAGAACAAAAUCUGGUAGACGGGUUAUUGGUCUUUUGACCAAUGGUGCUUUUUCGACGAUCAAUAUAGCAGAUAACUAUUUCUUAUUCGAUAUACCAAAUUAUUGGACCAUGGAAGAAGCAGCUACCGUACCAUGCGUGUAUUUGACUGUCAUUUAUGGCCUGUUUUAUAGGGCUGGUAUGAAGAAAGGAGACAAGAUUCUCAUCCACUCCGGUACUGGAGGUGUUGGUCAAGCUGCUAUACAGUUGGCAAUACAUUUUGGCUGUCAAGUUUUUACUACUGUGGGAACCCAAGAAAAACGAGACUUUAUCAAGAAACAAUUUUCUCAACUUACCGAUAACCGUAUCGGCAACUCAAGGGACACAUCAUUCGAGACCCUUAUCAUGCAGGAAACUAAAGGAGAAGGUGUAGACUUGGUGCUUAACUCCUUAGCUGAAGAAAAACUUCAAGCCUCAGUUCGUUGCCUAGGUUUCGGAGGAAAAUUUGUCGAAAUUGGAAAAUUCGAUUUGGCAAAUGACAACAGAUUAAAAUUAUUGGAUUUCACUAAAGAACAGAGCUUUCACGGUGUGAUGUUGGACUCACUUUUCACAGAGUCUCCUAGCACAAAGAAAAAAGUUUGUGUUUUAUUUGAUCAAUGCUUAAAAAAUGCAGCCAUUAAGCCACUAAAUAGAAUCGUAUUUAAAGAUGACGAGCUAGAGAAGGCCUUUAGGUAUAUGACAACAGGUAAACAUAUGGGUAAAGUACUGGUACAACUCAGGAAGGAAGAACCAGAAAAAGUUUUCAAACCUAUUGUGUCCUUACACAAGGCAGUUCCAAGGUAUUUCUGUGACCCCAACUUCUCCUACAUCAUCACUGGAGGAUUGGGAGGUUUUGGUCUGGAAUUAGCUGAUUGGUUGGUUCUUAGAGGUGCUAGAAAAAUUGUACUAACUUCCAGAACGGGGGUGAGAACUGGGUAUCAAUCUAUGAGAAUUAGGAUCUGGAAGAGUUAUGGAGCUUUGGUCAAUGUAAAUACUGAUGACAUCACAACCAAAGAGGGCUGUGAAAAACUUUUAAAAUCAGCAAAUGAAUUAGGACCUAUCAAAGCUAUAUUUAAUUUGGCUGUUGUAUUAAAGGAUUCUUUGUUUGAAAACCAAAGUGUGGAAUCGUUCAGGGAAUCGUACAAACCUAAGGCUUUAGCUUUAAAAUAUUUGGAUGAGUUGUCUAGAGAAUUAUGUCCAAAUUUAAAGGACUUUGUUAUCUUUUCUUCAGUUUCUUGUGGUCGUGGUAAUGCUGGUCAAACUAAUUAUGGCUAUUCCAACUCUGUAAUGGAACGAAUCUGCGAAAAGAGGAAAUCUGAAAGUUUACCUGCUCUUGCUAUUGAAUGGGGAGCUAUUGGAGAGGUUGGUUUAGUGGCUGACAUGCAGGAAGAAAACACCGAAAUAGAAAUUGGUGGUACAUUGCAACAAAGAAUAUCCAGUUGUCUACAAGUUAUGGACAAGCUGUUAAGAUGCCCCGAACCUAUUGUGUCUAGUAUGGUAGUAGCUGAAAAGAAGAGUGGGUCUGGUGGAGCCGACAAUAUCACAGACGCCGUAGCAUAUAUUCUAGGUAUCAAAGACAUGAAAGCCAUCAGCUACCAUUUAUCUUUGGCCGAGUUGGGUAUGGACUCUAUGACAGCCGUCGAAAUUAAACAAACCCUAGAAAGAGAGUUCGACGUGUUUCUAACCGCACAAGGCAUUCGUAGCUUGACAUUCUCACGUCUUCAAGAAAUACAGGACGGAAAAUCGACCCAAGCUGACUCACCAGUCACUUCAAAGGAAUUGAAAGAACAAGAUUUUAAUUUUAUCGACCAACUGUUCACUCUCAUGGGUGAAGAAGGUGCUGUGAAUAUACCUUUUAUUAAAUUAAACUCCAAACUCUCUGAAGAGCAUCCUGGCCCAAAAAUAUUGCUAUACCCUGGUAUUGAAGGUGUAGCCGAAAUCCUAAAUAACUUGACUCUUAACUUAAAUGCCCACUGUGCCGCUGUGCAAUAUUGUCCCCAAAAUCAUGGAAACACAAUCAAGGAACUAGCUGAAAGUACAUUACCCCACGUGGAGAAUUAUUUCAAUAAAUCAGAACCAUUCAUCAUCAUAGCUCACUCCUUUGGAGCCAUGGUUGCCUUAGAAACAGUCAAAAUUCUGGAGGAAAAAGGCUACAAUGGUUCAGUGUUCUGCAUUGAUGGCUCCCCUGCUUAUCUGAAGACUCUAAGUUUCUUACUGCAAGCCGAUAACAAGACUAGUUGGCAGAAACAGUUGAUGUUGCACUUUUUACACCAAAUUACUACCAAGAAUGUUGUAGAGAAACACAAGGAAAAGAUAAUUGCGGCUGAAACCAUCGAAGACAUGAUUAAAGCUUCAGAAAAGGUGGUAAAUAUACAAAAAGUCCACUCAAUCGCUCACAUAAAAUCCAUGCUUGAUGGCUCAUUUAAGAGAGUCCACGCUAUGAACGUAUACGAAUUAAAACCAAUGAGUCUCAAGUCCAAGGUGACACUAAUAAAACCAACCAUACAAAGUGUUGUCGGGCUUAAGGAAGACUACGGGUUUUCCGAAUUUUUGGGCAAAGAAAUCGAAGUUAAUGUUUUUAAAUCCGACCAUUUAAGUAUUUUGUCGAAUAGCGAUGUUGCCAAUUUUAUUAACAACCACGUAACCGCUGAUGCCACGUUUAUUAAAGAAUCCCUAUUCAACGCCAGCGAAAUUACUAACGUUAGAUCCGAGGCAAUCAUUUAA